CCAUGGCCUCCAAGUGUCCCAAGUGUGACAAGACCUUGUACUUAGCUGAGAAGGUGAGCUCCCUCGGCAAGGACUGGCACAAGUUCUGUCUCAAGUGUGAGCGCUGCAACAAGACGCUGACCCCCGGGCGCCAUGCUGAGCAUGAUGGGAAGCCUUUCUGCCACAAGCCCUGCUAUGCCACACUGUUUGGGCCCAAAGGUGUGAAUAUAGGGGGUGCUGGUUCCUACAUCUAUGAGAAGCCUCUGACUGAAGGCCCUCAGGUCACUGGCCCGAUCAAGGUCCCUGUGGUGCGAACAGAGGAGCGAAAGACCAGCAGACUCCCCAAGGGGCCCAGCAAAGCCUCUAGUGUCACCACAUUCACUGGGGAACCCAACAUGUGUCCUCGAUGCAACAAGAGGGUGUACUUUGCUGAGAAGGUGACCUCUCUGGGCAAGGACUGGCACUGACCCUGUCUACGCUGUGAGUGCUGCUCCAAGACACUGACCCCUGGCGGGCAUGCUGAGCAUGAUGGCCAGCCCUACUGCCACAAGCCUUGCUAUGGAAUUCUCUCUGGAUCCAAGGGAGUGAAUACUGGUGCUGUGGGCAGUUACAUCUAUGACAAGGACCCUGAAGGCACAGUUCACCCUUAGGC